AUGGCUACUAGCGAGUUCCAGGUGGCUCGAGAAGACGCUGUUCUACGCGCACAGAUUCUGGGCAAAAGCAAGACACUACCGCAUAUCCCAGGUUCAUUCGAAGCCGCGCUGAAGCURUUGAUUCGCAUCAUGGAGCAUUACGCUACGAGUCUCGAUGGUGGCAAGAGAUAUGCGGACCUGCGCAAGAAGAAGGACCCCGCAUGGAUCGACGGACCCGAUGACGGCUUCCGCCAGUGUAUGAAUGAGGACAACCAGGAGGAGCUGGUGAAGGGAUUGGWCAAGUUGUCGUUGGUCGGAACUGGUUGGGGACRUCAUACAAGACCUGUGAUCGAGCUGACGGGACUCACCUUCGUUGAUGUCGAUUAA